AUGUCUAGGGACUAUUCGCAAGUCCUGGGUUACCAUCGAACAUGCCGUAAUGCCAAGCCACGGCGCUAUGCAAGCAUUAUCACUAGAAACCCCGUCGUCUCUUAUGCCGGAGUUGAGACGGGAGGCAACUUGAUUGUCCGUUUUUGCCGAUGUGCUGCGCCUCGGAAGGAGUCUCGAAAGAUGAGUUCCUAA